GCGAUCGCGGCCUUGUGGUCUUCUCCGCCGUCUUUCCGUCACAACGCAGCAAUGUCUUCCACUUGGCAACUAUUCUUCCUGAUAAUACUCGGUUUCUGUUAUGUCUUCUCAGCGACGAUGGCGGGCAGGUCCUCUCUUAAAGAGCUAGAUGCUAAUGCCGGGCAUGAAGACGAGACAUAUCCAGAUGAGCCUAUUCAUGGUGACCCUCAUACAGAUGAGCCUAUUCAUGGUGACCCUCAUCCAGAUGAGCCUGUGGACUGCUUAGAGCUGCUGUUAACCCGCGCUGACGUCCGCAAAGCCUUCAUUCCGGCUUACCUGGAGUCAUUUCGGCGAAAUGGGCUGGAUUCUACCGCCCUGUUCAAGCUCUCCUUCCCCGAUCUUGUGGAAAUGCUGCAACGCAAGGAAUUUGACAUAACGUACGCCGGAGAUGUGUAUCGUAUUCAUGACUGUACUACCGGACGAGGACACUGUGUGCUUGAUCCGAUCUGUAAGAAUGGCGGAAAGUGUGUGUUCAAAGCAGAAUCCAACAGGCAUGCAUGCGAGUGUCCCAAAACCUUCCACGGCCAUCGUUGCGAAACGAGCAAGAAGGAUAGACUUUCAGAUGUUGAGAGUAUGAUCAAGGGCCUCGAGAAAUCGGCGGUCGACUCAGUUGGUGCCACAUACACUCGUUGGGGUAAGUCGACGUGCAACGAUACAGCUGGUGCAAGUCUCGUCUAUACGGGAUUCAUGGCAGGCGCAUUCUACACGUUCGUCGGCGGCACGACGGACUUUGUUUGUCUUCCCUUCGACCCCAUCUACUCUGACUCCGCUCCAGGAGUUCAAGGACUGUCAAAUAUUUACGUUGCUGAAUUUGAAACGCUUACAUUUACGCCGUUCAAACCUCUGCAUGACCGGCAUCCACAGUGCGCUGUGUGUAGAACCAGCGGAAAGGCGGCGGAGUUUAUGCUGCCUGCGCGCCGGUCAUGUCCCGACCAGUGGACGCUUCAGUACGAAGGAUAUCUGAUGACAUCACAUCGGGGUCACCGCCGCACCAAGUACAUCUGCGUGGACGGCGAGCCGGACGUGGACCAUAACCCACCUUUCAGUACGAAUGGAGCGCUGCUGUACAUGGUGGAGGCCGUUUGCCCAACGGAAAUGCCGUGCCCACCAUAUGACAAAGAGAAAGAAAUGACAUGCGCUGUUUGUGCUCGCUGAUUGUUUCACCAUCACACCACAUUGACAAAUACGAACGUAACAGACCCGUUGACAAUUGAACAUGCGUUUUGGAAGGGUCUUUGUGUGCUUGGUCGCUUCUUUCCUAUGAUGAUUCCAUUAUAAAUUGCCCGUCAAGCGCUUGUGAACACUAAUUCUUCUCGCGGCUCCAUAUUAUCGUGUAUGUGCAUGUAGCUGUAAUUUUAAACUCACAAAGUCUGGUUAGACAUGUUUCUAAUAUUGUAGAUGUCGAUCAAUUAACACAGCGACGUCUGAA